AUGUUCGCACUGCUGACCAGUCGUACUUGCUACGACAACUACAACCACAACCACAACCACAAUCACAACGACUUUCACUACCAUUCACACCACCACUUUCAAACUCGUACUCAAACUCAGCACAGUAAUCGCAUAGUGUCAUCAAUCGCAACCAAUCAUAGACUUCAUCUGCAACUGCAACAGGAGACAUCACAGCAUCCCAUUCACAUCAAUACAUACACUCACUCAUCUCAACAAACCACGACCCCGUCUUCAUCUUCAUCUUCAUCUUCGUCUUCAUCGUUGUUUUCUGCUGAAGACAAUAAUUUCCCCAAUCAGUGUGAUACUGGUUUUAAAGUCACUACUGAAGUCAAUAAUGGUGAUAGUAAUGAUUAUAUGAACGAAGACAACCAUCAUUUGCAACAACGUUCAUAUUCUCCUCCAACGCCUUGUCCUUCGAUAUGGAGCAGUUUUGAUGCCAAACAUAUACCCGAUAGUCAGGAAUUGUUACAAUUACUAGAGCCCAACCCUGUUUUCCCACCAUCAUAUGAUACCUUACCACCAGGCGGAUGCCCAAGAUUCCCAGUUCUUCAGCCUUUGUCCUCGUUUGAAGAAGCUAUUUAUACAAAUUUGCAUUCACACCAACAACAUGCAUCAUCUCCUGCAACGAGAGCUAUGGAUCCAGCAGCAGGAUCUUCUUCCACUACAUUACUACUAAACAUAACCCCAAAGGCAACAACAGCAGCAGAAGCUACACUCCCACCAUCGUACUCCCCAUCCAUCUACAAAAUAGGGAUUGUUUCUCGAAAGUUGGAAUGGGUAAACCCUUAUGAAAUGUCCACCAAUCGAAGUUGGAAAUACCUUAUUUGUGAAUUGAAUUCAACCCAAUUGAAUUUUUACAAUAUCCCACCCAGCCAUGAGGAUAAAAUAUUGGAUUUUGUAUCCAAUGAUAACAAGACGUUGUCUCUGUCUCAAUCCACAGCUCGAAUACCAGAAAACGACUCGAUAUUAACUAGUGAUUUCGAUCACCGAUUUUAUAACUUUGUUAAAAGGCAAGGUUUGCUUGAAGAUGUUUGUGCUGGAUCCAAGAAAAAGGGUUUGGUGAGAACUUAUACACUACAACAUGCCAGGGUAGGGCUAGCCACCGAUUAUCAAAAACGUGUCAAUGUUUUGAGAUUGAGAAUUGAAAGUGAACAGAUUUUGCUCCAUUUUGAAAGUACCCAAGACUUGAUUGAUUGGAAUAUGCUGCUUGCUGUGGGGAAAGAUAUUGCCAUUGAUAUCAAUGAGCGGGAAUUACCAAAGUAUAGAACAGUUCCCAGGCGAAGAAGAAGAAGAGGAAGCAAUAGAAGACGCAGAAGUGCAGGAGGUGGGAUCAAUAAUAGAUCAUCUGCCAAUCAUUCGAGUUCAAGCUCAUCAAAUAUUCAUUUUUCACGUUAUACGUCAACUAGUGACCAAUUUGCAAAUACAAGAAACAUGUUAAAAUCAGUGUCCGAUGCCAACAAGAUCAAAGGUCGUUUCAAUAAGCUCAGAUCGAAAUUUUCAUCGUCUAGGUUGAGAAGCAGCUCAUCGCCAUCACCAUCACCAUCACCAUCGACACCCAACGGCGAUUCAGAAUAUAAUGACGAUUCUAGAACUUCAAGAUUCAGAUCCGGAUCUAACUACUCCGAUUUGCGAGAUCGUGGGUACAGCAUGACUGAACCGCAGAACCACUCACUGCAAGGUGGUAGGAACUAUGAACCUGAUAACAAUGUUAGUCAUAGUAGCUCAUAUGCUAAUAGCUUUGAUGAUGAUGACGAAGAUGAUGUCGAAGACUAUGAUGAGGAAUUCAAUGAAGUGUUGAGGAGGUCUAGACAUGAAACACUGGGAUCGACUUCACCUCCACCUCCACCUAUACACGGUAACUACGAUGAUCAAGAAGAUAUUCAAAGCAUGUCUGACUUACGUAUAGACGAGGAUGAAGAAGAUGGUUUCGGAGAGGGUGACGGUGAUGAAGAUGAUGAUGAUGAGCAAGUUGGAGCAGACGAGUAUGAGCAAGAAGAUGAUGAAGCAAACGGAUUUUUGUCCAUGGCUAGAAGUCGUGGGGUGUUUGCAAUAGGUGCACCCGAACGCAAAGCUCGCCUGCAAUGUACCACAGACAACGAUUUCAAAUGGAACCCUUGUCCAAAUGAAAGUUAUAGCAAACGCAGAUAUUAUCGCAAUUGUUUGCGUUGUAUUAAACCGCUCACUAUGGAGGAUUCGUGGGUUUACAAACCAUUAGUAAAACCUACACCAUUUUCGCCUUUGAAUGUUGCAUACCUUAAAGCUGUUAAAUAUGCUGGACCCAACGGGGAAGUUUUGCCAUCAGCCUCAUCAACGGUCUCAGUGCCAAAUUCUGGGGUGUCUUCUUCCAAUGCCAGUUUUACUUCCUCACAUCGCAAGUAUGGGGGUGGUGCUGCUACUGCUGCUUUAGGAGUUGAGUCCACAUUGAUGUUACCGGAUACUGCAUUAACCAAGUUGCCAAAUCAUUUCUUGAAGGAGUUCAGUGUGGGUCCUCAUGGCUUGGUUCCUAAGGAAAUUAUAUAA